AUGGAAAUGGUGAAAGUGUUAGAAAUGGAGAGUGGAACAAGUACUCCAAGAAAAUUUAAUAGUGAUACAACAAAUAAUGGUAGUGAAACCAAUACAACUACUUCCAUUUGCCAUCUCUAUGAUACUGUACACAUAUGUUCUUAUUGUCAUGCCAAACUCUUUUCUACUGAAACACAAGGAAUGUAUUAUCGAUCAGAAAAAAUCAGGGCUUAUAAUUGUGGUUUUGCUUUCACUUCUAUUGGUAUUAAGUUAGAUAAGGACCUUGCAAAUGGCAGGGAUGGUGUCUAUAUAUUUCAAAUACAGAGUGGAAUUUAUCUUUCCAUAAGAUCACUCACACCAACUGAUAGAAUAUCAAAGUUUCUUCAAUUAUAUAUAUAUGAUAUGGAAUUUGCACAAUUAACAGACUUCAAUAAUAUAGCAGAUCUUUAUCUUCAUAUCAAAGCUGAUCAUAGUUUGGAUCAAUGUAUGUACAAUAUGCCAACAUCUUCGCAAGUUGCUACUAGAGUAUCUGAGCUAAGCGGCACAUAUGAUCCAAUGCUGUGA